UAGCACCACGUAGAAACGUGCGAAAACACGAAUAAUAUGUCAGGAACCCUUCUUAAAGCCGGCGACUACAUUUGAGGGGGUUCGUGGUGUAGCUUUAGGAUCUGUGGGCCUGGUUUUGCGUGAUUGGCUUACGAGAGAGGCGAAACUGGAAAACUGACGACAGAGAAUGCGGAAUUCGCAAGCAUCGAGAAGCGAGAUGACCAAACAAGGCAUGGUCAAGCAGUGAGCGCAGUGAGCGCAGUAAGCGCGGUGAGCGCCAUCAAAACGAAUCCCGCCUUUUCAGUCGUGUCACGUAGUAGCGGUGACUGGCGUACGUAUGGAAUAAUGCGGCGAUUAACUAACCGCGUACAGCCAGUAUUAUUGACGGCGAAUUUUUCGCAGAGACGCUGCAGCUAGUAGCGCGUACGGAGUCAGGAGUAGUAGCCGGCGGUCAUGAAGCUGUCGCAGGUGCUGUCGCAAGCUCACGCGACGGCUGGUUACAAUCGCAACAAGUUCUUCGUUUUCGCUCUGCUCUGCACCAACUGCUUCACCCUCGUCACUCUCUAUGGCACCGCUCCCACUUUUUCCGGGACCCUGGAUAUUGACGAUGCUGCUGACGUGGACAUAAGAACCAGCACUGGAGGCGGAGGGCGGACAGGGGGAGUGCGUUUGGGGGGAAAGGCAGUGGGGCGCUGGGAGCGCAGGGGGGGGUGUCCGCACUGCGCCUCUCCAAUGCCACAGACGGCGCAUUCAAGAGGGGAUUCGGCAUGCAGGGCUUUGUGUAUUUCAGCGCUUAUCGCAUCUCAGCGUCUCUCUUUGUGGUUAUCGGCCUCUCUCCCCUGCCUCUACACCGCAACCUCGAUACAAGGAUAUGCCGGUGGUAUCCUGCCACGUCAUCCUCUUCCCCUAUCCUCGGCGAAAUAUCAAUAGAAUAUCCGGGCGAAUCUCACGGGAAGCCCUAUGAGGUGGCAAUGCUGUUCUGCCAGCUCAGCAGCCCCACGCUCAGCACGAGAGGGAGGGUCGGGAGGGGGAUGGGUGGAGCGCUGGAGGCCAUCUGACGGUUGUGAUUGAGCGAGAGGAGAUCCUGGUGCUCGGUGAACCGGCCAAUCAGAAGCUGCCAAUUGAGCCCUCAGGCCCCUAUGCCAGCAACAUCACCUACUGUUCAUCACCCAUCUAUGGGAAAUUUAACUCCCUGAGGGUCCUCGAGUGGGUGGUGUACCACCAGCAAGGGCACGGGGUGGACCUCUUCCACAUGUACGAUGCGGGCGGCAUGGGCGAGCCUAUAAUGAAGACAUUGUCGCCGUUUAUCAGAGCCAAGCAGAUGACUGUAACGGACGUGACUGAAGUGGACGAGUUUGAGACGUGGUUUGGGCAGGUGCUGGUGGUCAACGACUGUGCCUAUCGCUCGCUCUUCACCUCCCGAUGGGUGCUCUUCCUCGACUUUGACGAGUACCUUUACGUCUCACAGCCCUUUGGUUCUUCUCUCAUUAGCACGCUCGCUCGUAACGAGCAAGCAGCCUUUGUCUCAUUCGGCAGCCUCUACUUCUACACCGACAAGUGUUCUCACUCAAUGAACGUCUCUGCCUCCGCCCCUCCGCGCUGGGAGGUGGAGCGGAUGAUCUUCCGCCAAGCCGACGUGCAUUGUGUGGCGCCUAAGCGCUAUGAAUCGCGCAACCUGUGCCUUGGGUUCGAUGGACACCGGAAGUAUGUGGCCGAUCCGAGGAGGGUCAAGCUGUUCGGGAUUCACGCGGCCACCAAGACGUGGCCCCUACCGGCCACAUCGUCGAGCCUACCAGCCUCCACUCCAAGCUCCACAGACCCUCCCACAGCCACCAGCAACGCCACCACCACCACCACCACUCCCACACCCACAGCCAGUAACACCGACAACACCACCGCCACUGCCAUCCCUGCUCCCCCUCCUCCUGUGCGCAUGGCUGGGGUGGACCUGGAUGUGCGCGACGUGCAUCUGAACCACUACCGCGCGCUCAACACCAUGGCCAUCCGCUCGUGCACCCAGUUUAUCCAUGAUACUGACUGGACGCCCAAGUCAUGGGCCAGGGAUUUCUCGCUCUCUCACGCUGCUGUCGCUGUUAGGAAACAAUCGCCCCCUCUGCCUCCUGCGUACUUGUAGCAGCCUAAUUCUGCUCUUGCCAAAUUUGGCACCUACCGUAACAAGCACGCUGUACAGGUAUCAGCUUUUCGGGGCAUUUUGGCUUGACAGAGCCUGGUUCAACCCAACAAAAUGUUCAAGUGAAACAAGGCAUACAAGGGAAUAUAACCUAAUGGGUUGU